AUGGCUGCCAUCAAGAACAUCGCUCUCAUCACAACCAGCACUCGUAAAGCUCGAGUUGGUCCUCACAUCACCAGCGUCAUCAACGACAUCCUCAUUGGCGAUGCAGAUGCCAGCAAGAAUACCAAGAUCUCCAUCGUUGACGUCGCAGACUUCAACCUCCCCGUCUUCGAUGAAGAAAUCAUGCCCGCCAUGGUCCCCGAUAAGGGAUCCUUCAAGAAUGCUCACUCCAUCGCCUGGAGUAAUGAGAUCAAAAAGUACGAUGGCUACAUCUUUGUCAUUCCCGAGUACAACUUUGGCCUCGCUGGCGGUACCAAGAACGCCGUUGAUUACUUGUACAAUGAGUGGAUUGGCAAGGGUGUUCUGAUUAUCAGCUAUGGUAUCUUUGGAGGUACUUCUGCAAGUGAAUCACUUGAUAAGACCUUGAAAGGCAUGAAGCUUAAUGUGGUUGAUACUCGACCUGCUCUCGGAUUUCAUGGUGGCGUCGGUGAUGAUCUCUGGCUUGCUGGUGCUGGAAAGCUAGGCGAUGACACCAAGAAGGAUAUCAUUGCUGAGACGCCUACUAUCCUCAAGGCUUUCGGUGAAUUGAAGGAUCUGAUGGACAAGCAGGUGCCCAAGGAUAGCCAAAAGUAA